CAUUUCUGAACUUCCCGCCAUCAUGUGGCGCCAUCUUUGAGAUUCCUGCUUCCCCGCAUCUAUAAAACACAACUUCAAAAUGCCUGCUCACUUUAGAGCCGUAGACAACGCAGUCGAGAAAGUUCGGAAAGUGAAGGAAUAUGUAGAUAAUGGCUUGGGUGUAACUUUAGAUGUAGCGCUGGACUUGGAAGAAGUUAGUAAAGACAACGAGCUGGUGAAAGAGUUGGAAGAUACGAUGCUGCAGUAUGUUAGCAUGGAGAGAGAGAUGGACCAGUGCAUGAAAGCUGUCGAGCUAGCGAAGGAGGAGUUUAAUCGAAAGUAUGAUGUAAAUAGGUGAGACUGUAUGAAGCCAAUUUACUCUUUAUUCCUAGGAUAAAUGCUGACCUUGUUUACAGACCGAUGUUUUGCUUGUGAAAUUAUAUUCAAUGCUGUGGAUAUCAUUUGUACAGCCAUUAGCAUUGUUUUUUAUCACAAAGAUUCAUUUCAUUUGUUGAAAAUCUUAUGGCUGUUACUUUUAGCUGUGCAAGCAAAUUUAUUGUAUUUACCUGUACUGAACUGACUCAAAGCCUUAUUCAUUCUCAGUGAUGAUUCUCCAAACAUUGAAGAUAUCUUCAAAGAAAAGUUGAGUUCUCUUGAAAAGAACAGCAAAGUUUCCGAUCUUGAUUCUCACCCCAAGGUGAAAGAAUUCAGGGAGAAAUUAUGGAACAUUCAUCAUCAGGGGGAACCUAUGCCUCAGACAAACACACAGCCAGGAACACAGGAUGAAGAUAUUAUAAUGUCACAGGUAAAAAAAAAAAUCUCCAGGGUAUUUAAUAGUUUAACUUAUAUUAAGGGUGGAUAUUUUUCAAAUUGCAUUGAGGAAGAACACCAAUAAUGAGCAAAAUAUCCAUCCCUCUAAUACGCUAGACCAUGGAAAAGGGAUUUAUCAUUCCACUUUUAUUUCAUUUUCUAGAGUUUUGGUUUGUUGUUUUCAAACUUCAUCCUAAGGCAUCAUCUGAGCGUCAUAUUGGUCACAUGAGGUGUCUGUGAAAGACAAAAAAUAUUAUUUUAUGACACCCAUUUUACAAUGGAAGGUUGCCAAAAGGUGACUUUUUUAAAAGAUAAGCAAUGAGAACUUGUUUAACAAUCAUGAUCUUCUUAAGUUAUGAAUCAUUUUCAUUAUUCUUGUGAUAUUAAUGUUUGAUUCAGGGAUAAUAUUGUAAGGAGACAUAAGAUGCCAGUUGCCCUUAGAGUCACAUGGUUGCAAGCUCAGUUUGUCAAAAUGCAUGCCACUCUCACCUGAGGAGACCUUUUCAGGAUUAUUUUCAUACAGAUAAUCAGACUAAGUGCUUUAACAUGUUAACUAUAUUAUGGAGUAUUUCAAGUCUCUUUAUUUUAUUUCCAGGCACCUGUAGAACAAACAAAGUGUCCACUGACUUUGAAAGAUAUGGUCAAACCAAUGAAAAGUAAAAUAUGUGGACAUAACUAUGAACAAGAUGCAAUUUUUCAGCACAUAAGCAGAGGGAGAGGUAGAGCUAAGUGUCCAGUCUGUGGACAGCUUCUCACCAAAGCUGACCUCGAACACAAUGCUGUACUGCAGCAUGCCAUAAAGCGAAAAAAUAGGAGAAAGUAAAUUAUAGUGAAAAAAUAGGAGAAAAUAAAUUAUAUGUGAAUUCUUGUUCUCAGGAGUUAAUUUUAGUUAAAAAGUAAAUGCUGUGUUGUUAGAAAGUGUAGAUAUCUGUUACUGUUAUGAGGAAUACUUGUAGUUUUAAGACACUUGCAUACUGUUAUGUUUUUCUACGAAUGCUUGUUCAUGGCAAAAACAAGGAAAAAUUGAAUUGUUUUCAUGUGAUGAUAUUCUGAUAUUUGAUAUUAAUAUUAAGUAAGGAGUGGCAUGUUGUAAAUGAAAAUGACAAAGUUCUUUAAAGUGGUGUUUUUGUGAAUGUUUGUAAUUCUAUUCUUGGAAACACAUAUUUGUAUAUUUGCCAUUUUAUGAACUGUAAAUCUAAUACAAUAGGUAUGCUUCACAUAACUUGACUUGAGGAAAUUCAUUAUUUGCUUCUGUUAUGACAGAAAUCUCUUGUAAGGUUCAGGAAUUUUGUGAAGUUCUGGGUGAACUAUAAUUUGAUCAUGACAGUUCCCAGUAUCAUGAAUAAUGUUUUAUAUCUUUUUUGAGCUUUUUUAUAAGACGAUGAUGUUAACCCAAGAGAUAGAUGGAUGUAUAGAUGAGGAAGGAUGCUUGAAAUUUGUACAUGUGAUGUUGUCUUAUUAUUUUCCACAUAAUAUCUCUUAGUUGGUGUAUUUUGUUGAAUGAUUUGCAUGGAAAAGUUGCUGUUUAUAUCAAAAGCAACAAUGUUUCUUUUUAUGUCACUCCAUUCUUUGAAAAAUUCCAUCAAGAAAUCUUGCAGUGGCUUGAAUGAUUAUUAUUAUAAUCUGCCUGUGCAAGUCAGUUUAGAGCAAGGUAUGUCACAGUACUCUGGAAUUAAGAGCUCUCUCAAAUCAACUUUAUGAUAUUUACUUAGGCUGACACUUCCUGAUAUAUUAUCAUUAAGCCUGUAUUUUUUUACUGUACCAGAAGGUUCUGAAUCCUCUUGAAGAAUUGGCCUCAAAUCUACAAAAGUUGAUCAAUUUAUUGAAUAUUAAUAAUAUGAUGUAAAAAUGAAGACUUUUACUAAGGA